AGUUCGAACAGGUGAAGCAUGCAUGGUCCUGGUAUGGAGCUUCUUGGCAAUCUUGCUUCACAUGACUUGAUCAGCGUUCGAGUAAUUAUCUAAGUGGCUCCGACAGAGGAGGAUAGUUUGUUCAGCUGCGCUGCGUGUCGUCCUUGCGCCCGAUUGUAAAUAGCCUUCUGAGGUAAACAUGCAGCAGAAAAUGUCAUCAGUGGAAUACAUGUAACGCUGCUGCAACUACGACUUUACUUGUAAAGGUUCCAGCAUAGCAGAACAAUGUUUAAUCGAUUCAAUAGACGGCGGAAAGAAUCACAGUUGACUGUGGAUGACAGUGCUACUUCAAUCGAUGAAGAAAAUGUUGCUGCAGCGAGUACCAGUCACAAUGCUGGAUUUAUUUGUCCAGAUUGCUUGCAGUCGUUCAUCACCGCAGAAGGUCUCCAGGGCCACUUUGAGGAAGCUCAUUUAGCCCCGCCGGCUCCUGCAUCUCCACCUCCUGCGCUUGAGCAACACCAAUCAACUGCUGAUUCAUUGCCACCGGAAGUCCUUGCAUUGGUAUGCAGUAUGCACCUAUUUUUUCUUCCUUUCUGAUGUCUAGUACCGGUCUAUGCUUCACACGCAGGUGCAUGUGUAUACU